AACAAGGAGUGUUAAUAGGAAGGCAUGACUGUAUCAGUACUAACUGGGCAAAGUAAAGUACAGGUUUCAACAUUUGUAAAUCAAUCUAGAUGACAAGGUUUUACUUCAAUUUUCUAGACAUGGAAUGGAUGUGAAAAAAAUUUUAGAAGUUCUUUUGAAAGGAAUGACUGAAUUUGAAUUUGAGUUAGAAGAUGGCAAUGUCCCCUUCCAUCUACUCAUCCAUGGUACAUUAGGAUUUCCCAUUGCUAUGAAUGAUUCCCACCAGGCAUUCUUUGCAGAUGCACACUAUGGCAGGGGCUGUGUUUUGGUACUUGCUCAGGAAAACUGUCUCAAAGCAUCAGCAAUUAAAACCUUUAUCCUUGAUGCCAUCAGUUGUCUUGAUUCUGGGAGGGGAGGACAAGUUGGUAUUGCUAGCGAUCUGGAGGACUUUUUCACUCUCCUAAGCCAAGAGAAGAUCCCUUGCAGGCUAAAAACCUGUGUGUACUGCUGCCAAGCCUAAGAAAUGGUCGAGAAGAUCAUUGAGUUUGUUUCCACAGGUCGUAGUCUGCUGGUUGGAAGACAGGCAUGGUCCUGGGCUGCAGAAAAUGCUGAUGAGAAUGCCAUUGCUGAGUACCCUGCUGUGGGAAACUGUUCUUUUCUUCCCCACAUAAGUCUAAACAAAAUGCCUUUUAAGCCAGCGAAGGCCUCUCCUGAUUAUCCCCAGCUAACCAACUAAAACAGACUUGCUUCUCAAGGACAACUGAACCCAAAACAACAGAUGUACGGGACAGAAAGGAUGGGCGACAAGCCA